AAGUUUUAGAUUGCUCUUAUAAUAACUUACAUAAUGUAUUAGGUCUUAGUAAUUGUGAUAAUUUAACUGAAAUGCAUUGCGACUUCAAUUUAUUUGCUGAUGCUGACUUCUUAACUGAAUUACCUAAUCCUGAAAGGUUAACUUAUCUUAAUAUAAGUAACUGUAAUUUUAGCAAUCAGCAAACUUUAAAUUUCUUAACUCCUUUUACUAAUUUAAAAGAAUUAUAUCUCAGUAAUGCUAAUGAAGGAAAAAGAUAUAAGCAAAGACAUAUGAAUCGUUUUACUGGUUCUUUGAAACCCUUAUUAAAAUUAACUAAAUUAGAAAAACUUGACCUUAAAAAUACUGAUAUCAGUAGUGGUUCAGAAUUCCUUACAGAAAUUAAAGAAUUACAAAAUGAACUAAAUAUGGAAAGAGAAAUGGCUGAUAAGUCUCUAAAAACAGCCCAAGAAUGGCGAGAAAGACAGUUAAAGGAAAUAACUGAGACAAAGGAUAAAAGAAUAAAGGAGUUAGAACAAGAAUUAGAGAAAUUAAAAUUGGAAACAAAGAGAGAGAGUAGUUUCACUCAACAAUCACAAUUACUUUCAGAAAUCAUGCAAUUAGAAUCUAAUCCUACUAAUUCUAAUAGUCAAGAAUUAGACUCUAAAAAACAACAGUUAAAAGAUUUAGAGACUAAAGCCAAAGAACUAAUUAAACCUUUACCAUUAGAUACUCAAAUUACUAUCUUACAGAAAGAAAUCCAAGUUUUAGAAAGCAAACCUACUAAAAACCCUCUAGAAAAGGCAUUAUUAGUUGAUAAAAAGAAAAAAUUAGCGGAAUUAUUAAGUAAGCAGGAUAAUUCUAAUACUAAUAAUAGUGAACCUAGUGUUAAAACUGCCCUCUAUAUUGGAAGUGGAGUAAUUGGAGUAAUUUUGAUUGGUUGCUUAUCUUAG